GUUUUUUUACUGUUAUCUUUACCGCUCCCAUAUAAAGAUCUUUCGUAUUCAUAUACCUUCUUUCCUUUUUUUAUUGACUCGCGAUUGAGAAUCAGUCAAAUAAAACUAUACCUUUUAUUUCUAUUUACUUAUAUUUAUUUCUAUAUUUCUUCAACUAUUCAUCAACUAUUUAUCGUGUUAUUGGAAAUAACGAAAGUUGACAAACGAGGUGGGGAUUGCAGGAUACGUUUGUCGAACGGUAAUUUUCUUCUUAGUGGGCGCUCACCACAGUGGACGAUCAGUUUUUAAUAAGACGCGUCUCUCUUCCCAUCGCAAGCGAGACGCUCCUGAAGAAAAUUGUAUAUCGGGGCUUCCUCGUUCCUCUUUUUAACGUGUCGAUUUCAAGAACGUGAAAAAUUUCUGCAUUCUAAAGCUUGUACAAAUAAUUACAAGAUAAGAAUUUAUCACUCGUUAAAGAAAGAGUGAGUAUAUUAUAAAAAGAAAGAAUUUUUGAAAGCCUGAACAUCAUGGCCAGUCUUAUACGACUCGUUGUCAGCAAUUAUAAUGAAGUUUUAAAGAAUAUUAAAGAUCCAAUAGUAGACACUUGGCCUUUAAUGGGGUCUCCGGGUCCUAUGUUAUGUAUCGUCGGCACAUAUUUAAUAUUCGUGUUGAAGGCCGGACCAAAAAUGAUGGAAAAAAGGCCAGCCUUUCAACUAAAUACCGUUAUGAUUUUAUAUAACGCGUUUCAAGUGCUCUUCAGUAUCUGGUUGUCAUCUUUAAUAUUGAAUAUUGAUAUGAAAUAUGUGUUCUCUUCUCAUGGAUGCAACUUUCGAUUUGAUCCAAAAGCCGAACUUAUUCAAAAAGCGUUAUCACGAAGCGCAUGGUGGUAUUUCUUCGCAAAAAUUAUCGAACUUUUGGACACGGUAUUUUUCGUUUUGAGGAAGAAACAAAACCAAGUGACUUUUCUUCACGUUUAUCAUCACACCAUAACAGCCGUUUUCUCAUGGUGUUACUUGAAAUUAUUGCCUGGUGAACAAGGUAUCAUUAUAGGUUUCUUGAAUUCUAUAGUUCACAUUAUUAUGUACGGUUAUUAUUUCAUCGCGGCACUUGGCCCCAAAUACAGAAAAUAUCUCUGGUGGAAAAAAUAUAUGACCUGGAUUCAAUUGAUACAAUUUGGAAUAAUAUUAUUCUAUCUAAUAUUAACAUUGGCCAUGGAUUGCCAAUUCCCGAAGAUUCUGACCUACUUCUUCGUAACGAACGUGAUAAUCUUUAUUUACUUGUUCAGCGAUUUUUAUCGAAAAGCGUAUAAAACUAAAACGGCCUAAUAAUGAAAAUUGAUUUCGCAAGUUAAUUAAAAAAUACGGAUUUAUAUUCGAAUUUAUUUAUAAAAUAAAAUAAAAUUUUAAAUAAUAAAUGCAUUUUUUGAUAAAAGUUAAGAUAUAUUCCGCUAAAAUGUAAUAAGACUGCAAUUUACAAUUCAACAAUCUUCUAUAAUUGUGUCAUAUACUUUUACAAUAAAAAAUAAUAUCUGUAUAUAUAGAUAUACGCGCGUAAAUAUAUAAGAUACAGGGUGAAUCAUGCAAUUGGAACGGAUUCAAACAUCUAUUUUAGAUAGAAAACAGAUAGAAAAAAAUGAUAAAGAUAAAAAAAGUGGAAUGGUAAAUAACAAUACACGUUUUGCUACGUUCCAAUUGAAUCGCCCACUUUAUUGAAUGACCCACCUUAUAUAGUUUAUAGAACAUAUAUGUUGAAGCUUCUGCAUCUGUUAUAUAUGUUCUGCAAACAUUUUAACAAGAAAAUUAUUACAUAAUCAUUAUGAAUCUUAUAACCAAUUAUCAUUAAUUGUAAUUAAUUUUCCAUAAUCCGUUGUUGUAUUAAUUAUGU